GAUAUGUGAAUGGAUUCCUUGUUUCUUCUUCCGUUUUAUUUCCAUCCAGUCUUACAAAGUCUAUCAGAUCUGUUGGAUUAAAAUAUACAUAAUUUAAUAAAUUACAGAACAUUUUAAAGGUACAUAAACAAAUUGUAACAAAUAUUCUAUAUUAGAAUUAGACAAUAAUAAUUUGGAAGACAUUCAGUUUGGGCGUUAUUUUGGAUCUGGAACGGAAUAUCAUUGACUGAGACAAUGGUGAGAGUAUACGCAUUAGCAGUUCUCUAUAAGGGAGUGAAUAGUGCUACAGUAUUAAAGGCUGCAUACGAUUUGCAGAGCUUCAGCUUCUUUCAGAGAUCGUCUGUUCAAGAAUUUAUGACUUUCAUAAGUAAAACUGUGGUAGAAAGAACACAACCAGCAUCAAGGCAAUCUGUCAAAGAGGGGGAAUAUAUGCUCCAAGUUUAUGUAAGAGCUGACAACUUGGCAGGAGUAUUAAUAUCGGAUCAAGAAUAUCCAAACAGAGUGGCACACACUCUAAUAACAAAGUUUCUGGACGAAUUUGCAGUCAAAGUGCCACCUAAUAAUUGGCCUACAGCAAAUGAAACUACAGUAGACUUUCCUGUUUUGCCCCAGUAUUUGGCCAAAUACCAAAAUCCUAAAGAAGCAGAUGCCUUAACAAAGAUACAGAAUGAUUUGGAUGAGACUAAAAUUAUUCUCCACGAUACCAUCAAAGCAGUAUUAGAAAGAGGUGAAAAGCUAGAUGACUUGGUAGAAAAAUCUGAUAGUCUUACAACACACAGCAAAGCAUUUUAUAAGACAGCACGAAAAACUAACAGCUGUUGUAACUUCUGAGUUAUGAUCCUGGCCAUGUAUAAAAUUAUAGUAGAUAUUUUUCUUGUAUGGAAAUUUGAAUAUUAUUGUUCCAUGUUAUCUCAUGUGUGAUAAGCUUUUGCUGUAUAGUGUUAUAAUGUUAUAAAAUACCUUAAAAAUAUUUAGCCUUAUUUUAGUUUUUAGGGAUUCCAUAUUUGAAAUUUUCAAUUUAAAUAAAACUGAGGGAAAAAAUGUGACAAGAUCUUAGUUGGGACAGUAGUACUCUAAACAUGCCUUAUAUUUCACCUACAUGGGUAUAAGACUUGGGUGAAAUACAUUAACUUAAUCUUAUAGAUCAUGAAAUAUUUUAAUUUUAAAAUUUAAAUAUAUUCUCUACAAUGACUUAUAAAUUAAAUUAUUCCGACUUAAAUAAACUCAGAUAAAGAAAAUGAUUUGGAUAAUUUAUUUUAAAGAUUGCAGUGUAUGAGUAAAGAGAUUACAAUUUUAUUGUACUGUAAAUUAGUAAUGCAAUAGAUUUUAAAUAAAAAAUUGAUGGAAAUAUUGUAAUAAAAUGUGUAAAUUAUAUCAUACUUAGUUAAUAUAUUUAUAUCAUUGAAAUUUUAAUUUACAUUGAGAUAAACAAAUAGACCAGCUUACAUAUAUUGUAAUAACAUAAUUAUUGAUUUGAAGAAAAUGUAAAUGUUAUUAGAAAAUUGGAAAAAUAUUGUUAUUCAAAUGAUGUUCAUAUGUCACUUAUAACUACAUAAGAUUAAGCUACCUCUGUUUUAUAAAGGAUUUUAAGUCUGACAUGUGGAUUAGUAAAAAAUUGAGAUGGCCCAGUGAAUAAAAUGAAUAAGCGGAUCUCGACUCAAAAUCAUGACGCUAAAUCCAGGCUAGCAGUCUGAUCGUGAGUCUUCAUUAUUCAUAAUUUAUCUCAUGCUCUGUGAUGAAUGAGAGCUUUGUGAGGAAUAUGGGUCAGAUAAAAUUAAGCAACAGCUCCAAAUAUGUACAAGUAAAUAAAUAAAUAAUUAAAAUUGUUUAUUUACUAACUUACUAGUGAGUUGGAAAAGCAUGUUGGAAUAGGCUUUAAACCUCUUCUCUUCUCUCUCUAAGAGGAAGCUUUUAUCCAGCAUUAGAAACCAAAAGUUUCAAUAUAGUAAAAAUAAAAUAUGGUUAAUUCAAGAUAAUAAAUUUUCAAGUACUUUUGGUUUUUAGAUUUCUAAAGAUAUUUUUUCCAUCACUGUGUGGUGUUUUUUUUUUUAUAAUAUAUAAUAGGAAGGUGGACGAGCAUAUGGGCCACCUGAUGAUAAGUGGUCACCAACGCCCAUAGACAUUGGCACUGUAAGAAAUGUUAACCAUCGCUUACAUCACCAAUGCACCACCAACCUUGGGAACUAAGAUGUUUUGUCCCUUGUGCCUGUAAUUACACUGGCUCACUCACCCUUCAAACCGGAACACAACAAUACCAAGUACUGCUGUCUGGCGGUAGAAUAUCUGAUGAGUGGGUGGUACCUACCCAGACGAGACGAGUGAUUGUGUAAAGAUAUACUCAAUAACAUGUAACUGCCAAUAUAGUAUGGCAGCUAUAAAUCCACCAUGCUAAUCUGAAUUUUGUAUCAUUCUCAAUAAUAAGAGAUGAAAAGAAAAGAAGCCUGCCUACACUUUUCCACAUUUCAUUGUUUUAAUAUGAGAUGUUCAUAGCAUAAGCUGUAAAUUUAUUGUUUAUAUUAAUUUUGUAAGAUAUCUAUAAAAAUUAUGAGUAGUUACAAAACAAAUAUAGAAGAAGAGAAUAUUUUAUUAUUUGAAUUCUUCAUUUUGUUUAUAUAUUGUAAUUACCUUUAGUAGACUAAAGUUUAUUUUAUUAUGUUAAAGAAAAAAAACCAUAAUUUAAUGAUAACAUUAUUCUAUGUGUCAUUAUAAAUGUACACAUAGAAUAAUGUUAAGACCUUAGUGAUUUUAGUAAUUUUUUUAUUAAUAUUUUAAGUUCACAAUUGAAUUUGUUUAUAAAGGUAUUUUAAACAUUGCAAAAAGUAGGUUUUGGUUUAUGUAUUUUAAAAAUAAUGUUUAGUUAAAUUGUUUUAACAUGCAUCACAAAUAUGGAUUCCUAGAUGAUUUAUCUAAAAUAUGUAAAUUGAUUAAAAGUAAAAUGCAUUUUAAAAAGAUGUAAUUGAGUAGAGUACAUGACAAUAUGGUUUGUAAAUUAAUUAACAUGGUAAUGAUCCAUGUUGAAUAACAUUUUCAAAGUUAAACUAGAGCUUGGACGUGUCUGAUAGAGUUCAAUGGUUUCCAAUGAGUAUUAUAUUAUGUGUGUUGGAGGUAUCGUGGUAUUGCUUAUGUAUAGUGUUAUGCACAAGUUAUGUUAAACACUAGAUUUUCGUAGAUGUAGCCCGGCUAGUAAUCGUGUUGUAUCCAUCAUUUAGGGGGUUAAUCUGUGUAUAACUUGUAAACAGAGACUGUGAACUUAUUAUAAUUGUUUA